AUGACAAAGGCUGUAAUGGUGAGGUGCUACCUGCUCUGCUUAUUAACUCUUGCACUCUGUUGUGUUUGUGGGUUAGUAUGGGCUGAAACGGGUAAAACUUCUAAGUCCAGUAAUUGUGUUAAUUAUGUUGGUGUUCCUCCUUUUAUUAAGACUGUUCCUUGCGAUAAGGCUCGUACUGAUCCUAACCCUUCUGAGGGGAGUGCUGUUGAGUCUUCAGAUGAUGGCGAAACUGGAGGCAAGGGCAACAAUACAACACGUGAGGGUGAAAAUGGAGAUAACAACGGAACUGUGGCAACACAACCUUCUGCUGACUCUCCUAACACUUCGGAGACAGGGAGUGGUGAUGGUUCUGAUACUGCAACACCUGGGAAUGGCACUGUACCUGCAGAGAGUGAGUCAACAGGUAACCAAGAAGAGGUUGCAGAUAAUACAGAUCCCACUACCACCACCACAACAACAACAACAACACUUCCUCCUGAACUGACAAACAACAAGAAGGAUGAUGCAGACAGCAGCAGCAGUAUCAUCAGUUUUGUGUGGGUGCGUAUACCACUACUGAUUGUGGUUACACUGGCCUGUAUUCUUGUGUGCUGA